GAGAGGGAAGGAUUCCUUUCCUAGUCGGAGGGACUCCAGUGAUAUCUGGAAUGCACACCGUGGUAUCCUUUUUAAUUUUCACUCACAAGAUGAAACCAGUGUGCAGUGAAGUGAGGAAACAGCUUUGAAUGAAGACAAGUUUUUCCCCUUCCUAAACUGUUCUUCAGAUCAUGAUCGGAUGAAGGUCACACAGGUGACUUGGGCUUUAACGGGUCUACUGAAUGACUGACGCCUUUGGGCCAGAAGCUGAGUUACCUGGACACAAAUCCUUUAAAGGUGAUUUGAAAACAUCGACACUCAGAAUUCAAUGACACGCUCGGACUCUUCUUGGAAUGACCCACAGACUGUACGUAUGUUACCUUUGACCCAGGUAGACGCCUUUGCUCUCUAGAAACCCUCCUCACGGCCGAUGUCUGGCACACAACCACACACGGGGUAGCAGGAGCCCACAGCAUGGGUUUUCAGAUGCUUAUGCCUUUCAGUCCUUGGAACUGGGUGCUACCGCUGGUGGCCCUCAAGUGUUCUGAAGCAUCUUCAGAUUUGAACGAAUCCACAAAUUCCACUGCCCAGCAUGACGCUAAUGUUUGGUUUGCUGCUGCCAGUUCAGAGGUAAAUGAGAAGAUAUCUGUUUUUGCCCUGGAUUAUGACUACGUGCAAAUUCCUUAUGAGGUCACCCUCUGGAUACUUCUAGCAUCCCUUGCAAAAAUAGGCUUCCAUCUUUACCACAGACUGCCAGGCCUCAUGCCAGAAAGUUGCCUCCUCAUCAUCGUUGGGGCUCUGGUGGGCGCCAUCAUCUUUGGCACCGACCAUAAAUCUCCUCCCGUCAUGGAUUCAAGCAUCUACUUCCUGUACCUCCUUCCACCCAUCGUCCUGGAGGGUGGUUACUUCAUGCCCACCCGGCCCUUCUUUGAGAACAUUGGGUCCAUCCUGUGGUGGGCAGGCCUGGGGGCCCUGAUCAAUGCCUUUGGCAUUGGCCUCUCCCUCUACCUCAUCUGCCAGAUCAAAGCCUUUGGCCUCAGUGACGUCAACCUGCUUCAGAACCUGCUGUUUGGCAGCCUGAUCUCGGCCGUGGACCCCGUGGCCGUGCUGGCUGUGUUCGAGGAGGCGCGGGUGAACGAGCCGCUCUACAUGAUGAUCUUCGGGGAGGCCCUUCUCAAUGACGGCAUUAGUGUGGUCUUAUACAAUGUAUUAAUUGCCUUCACAAAGAUGCAUAAAUUUGAAGACAUAGAGCCUGUCGACAUUUUGGCUGGAUGUGCCCGAUUCAUUGUUGUGGGGGUUGGGGGAGUAUUUUUCGGCGUCAUUUUUGGGUUCAUUUCUGCGUUUAUCACACGUUUCAGUCAGAAUAUCUCUGCAAUCGAACCACUCAUCGUCUUCAUGUUCAGUUAUCUGUCUUACUUAGCUGCGGAGACACUCUACCUCUCCGGCAUCCUGGCAAUCACGGCCUGUGCGGUAACAAUGAAAAAGUAUGUAGAGGAAAAUGUGUCCCAGACAUCCUACACGACCAUCAAGUAUUUCAUGAAGAUGCUGAGCAGCGUCAGUGAGACCCUGAUCUUCAUCUUCAUGGGCGUGUCCACCGUCGGGAAGAACCAUGAGUGGAACUGGGCCUUCGUGUGUUUCACCCUGGUCUUCUGCCAGAUCUGGAGAGCCAUUAGCGUAUUUGCUCUCUUCUAUGUCAGUAACCAGUUUCGGACUUUCCCCUUCUCCAUCAAGGACCAGUGCAUAAUUUUCUACAGUGGUGUCCGAGGAGCUGGAAGUUUUUCACUUGCAUUUUUGCUUCCUCUGUCUCUUUUUCCUAGGAAGAAAAUGUUUGUCACUGCUACUCUAGUAGUUAUAUAUUUUACUGUAUUUAUUCAGGGAAUCACAAUUGGCCCACUGGUCAGGUACCUGGGUGUUAAAAAGACCAAUAAAAAAGAAUCCAUCAACGAAGAGCUUCAUAUUCGUCUGAUGGAUCACUUGAAAGCUGGAAUUGAAGAUGUGUGUGGGCAAUGGAGUCACUACCAAGUGAGAGACAAGUUUAAGAAGUUUGAUCACAGAUAUUUACGGAAAAUCCUAAUCCGAAAGAACCAGCCCAAAUCCAGCAUUGUCUCCUUGUACAAGAAGCUGGAAAUGAAACAAGCUAUUGAGAUGGUAGAAACUGGGAUCCUCAGUUCCACAGCCUUUUCUGUACCCCACCAGGCCCAGAGGACACACAGAACCAGAAGGCUUUCCCCGGAAGAUGUGGAGUCCAUGAGGGACGUUCUGACACACAACAUGUACCAAGUUCGACAAAGGACCCUGUCCUACAACAAAUACAACCUCAAACCCCAAACAAGCGAGAAGCAGGCUAAAGAGAUUCUGAUCCGCCGCCAGAAUACUUUAAGGGAGAGCAUGAGGAAAGGCCACAGCCUGCCGUGGGGAAAGCCGGCUGGUACCAAAAAUAUCCGCUACCUCUCCUUUCCCUAUGGCCACCCUCAGCCCGCAAGAAGAGACCCGAGGGUUGCUGAUUUCACAGGUAAUGACAGCAGCGAUUCAGAACUCCUGUCCAUCAUGUUCAAAGCACAUCCUCGAACAGGGACACUCCAACAAAGACAGCUGACACAAGAGAUAAUCCCAAUGAAGAGCUUACCCAGAGGAGGGAAGCCAUGCCACUUCGGGUAUCCAAGAAACACAAACCAAGAAGAGCACGUUGGUGCAGGCAGAAGGGAGGCACUACGGCCCAAACCACUGUUCCAUGCAGUGGAUGAGGAGUUUGAAUCUGGAGAGGAGAGUGAGGAGGAGGCCUCAGCAAGUGAGUCCCGAUGGUCAGCGGAGCACAGACCCAGCAAGCAACACCACAGGUCUCACAGUCCUUUGCUCCAAAGAAAAUAG